AUGAUACUCCGACUAUCCUCACUAGCCCUGGGCCUGCUCCCUCUCGCAAGCGCACUGUCUCCCGCUGACAUUCCGGCCGAUACGCCCGUGUCGCAGCUGAUCAAGGACGCCAGCGUUAAGCUCGCUUCCGGAAACACGCAAGAUGCGCUCACCUACUUCGACGUCGCCAUCUCCCGAGACCCCAAGAACUACCUGACCUUCUUCCGGCGCGGUGCUGCCUACCUCUCGCUCGGCAGGACGCAGCAGGCGGAGCACGACUUCAACAAGGUACUGGAUCUGAAGCCUGGCUUCGAGGGUGCGCUGCUGCAGAGGGCCAAGAUAAAGGCGAGGAAGGCCGAUUGGGUCGCUGCGCGCAAGGACUACGAGGCAGCAAACAAGGCAGAUGAGAUCGCGCAGCUUGAAGAGGCACAGGGUGCUGCUAUCGUUGCACAAGAGGCGGCCGAGAAGGGCGACUGGGACGCUUGCAUCCAGCAGGCCGGGACAGCCAUCGUAGUAGCGGGUGGAGCGUACGACAUCCGCAAGACCAGGGCUCGAUGUCGGUUCGAGAAGGGCGAAGUAGUCGAGGGUAUCGCCGACCUGCAGCACCUCCUGCAAAUCAACAAGGGCGACGUCGAGCCCCACCUCCAGAGCUCAGCUAUGGCAUUCUACUCCCUCGGCGAGACAGAGAAGGGCCUGAAGCACAUCGCACAAUGUCUGCAGUCUGACCCAGACUCCAAGCCCUGCAUGAAGCUCAGGAGACGAGAGAAGAACCUCGAGAAGGACAUCAAGAAGCUCAAGAACAACUUCGAGAGACGGCAGUUCGCAACUGCAUCGAAGCUCCUGAUUGACCGCGGCGAGGAGGACCCCGGUCUGCUGAAGGAGGUCAAGCAGGACUUCCAGGACUACGUCGAAGCUGGCUACAUCUACAAGAACUCGCCGCACGGUCUCUACACUCAGCUCGUCGAGAUGACCUGCGAAGCCUACAACGAGAUGAACAACAUGAAGAAGGGCGCGCCCUACUGCACCGAAGCCCUGACUCUCAACCCGGACUCGCUCCACGGCCUGCUCAACCGCGCCCAACGCGAACUCGAAAAGGAUGAGUUCGAAGAGGCAAUCCGCACCCUCGACCACGCAAAAGAACACCACCAACACCAGCGCAUCCAAGAACUGCUCCAGAAAGCACACACCCUCCUCAAGCGCUCAAAGACAAAAGACUACUACAAGGUCCUCGGCCUGACACGCGACGCCGACGAGCGCGAGAUCAAGAAGGCGUGGCGCAAGGCGACGAAGAUGUACCAUCCAGACAAGGCGGGCGCGCAGGGCAUGACGCCCGAGGAUGCACAGAAGAAGAUGGCAGCCGUCAACGAGGCGUACGAGGUCCUGUCUGAUCCAGAGCUGAAGGAACGCUUUGACCGCGGUGAUGACCCAAACAACCCGGAGCAGCAGCAGGGCGGUAACCCAUUCCAGGGCUCGCCGUUCGGUGGGCAGCAGUUCAUGUUUAGGCAAGGUGGCGGCUUCCCUGGUGGCGGCGGUAGCUUCAAGUUCCAGCAGGGUGGUGGUAAUCCGUUUGGGUUCUAAGACUUCUUUCCUGUUCUUGUCUGUGGAUAUUUGGAGUUAAGGCUUCGGCUGGUUUGUAUAGUAGACGUCUUGAUAGAGCCAGUCUCUUGACGUUCACGCAUAAUAUCAAAGGAGACUUUGCGAGUCUUCCGCUGCAACUUCAAGAUUCCAGUCACCCAUCUGCUGUUUAUGCGUUUGCUUCCUACGUCAUCUAUCAUACUCGUACCGUACCAUCCUCGUUCGCCGCCCCGGAGGGUACGAUCUCGAUAGUCGUGGUAGGACUUUUAAUGACGCAAAGAGAUGAGUCGCAGAGGGAAAACUCUCGCGCUCGAAGGCCGGGCGUCGAG